AUGGCGAAAUGGGCGGUGGUGUCGGUGGUGUUGGUGCUGGCGCUGGCACUGUACCCCUUGCUGCGAUUCACGACGGUGCCGUAUGAGCACAGCGUCCUCAUCAAGGCCCCGCGUGCCAAGGAGGAGGGAGACGUGCUGGUCUACGACGUCACCGAGGCACUCCCCGUGUUCGGCCGCAUUGUCAAUAACACGGUGCAGGUGACGCGCUCGUUCCAGGUGGGCAAGGGCUACCACCACAUCGACUCCGAGGUCAAGGCCUACGGUCUCGCACAGUACCUCUUCUCCGCCAAGCACAGAUUCACCCUCCAGCUCACGGACACGAUGUGGGUGACGGCGCCCUACGUGCUGGUCGAGCACUACAUCGGCCCCACCGCGUUCAGCGCCCACCAGGCCCUCGUGCGCACGCUCAAGCAGAUCAUGGAGGACGAGCAGGACCGCGAGGACGAACUCGCCACCCACUGA